AUGCCAUCAAGUAGCCUUUUAAAAAUUAGAGGAAACAUAUUAAGAAAGAUUGUGUUGUCAAAAUAUAGUUUUUUUUAUUUGAGCAUUUUUCGAUUAUUUAAUUCUUUAUUUGUUCAAACAUCAUUCUUUCCUGAUGAAUAUGCUCAAUCUGUAGAGAUAAGUCAUUACAUGAUUUUUGGAUAUGGCCAUAUGCCAUGGGAAUGGGAACCUUGUAUAUCAUUACGAUCUAUUGUACAUCCUUUAUUUUAUGCUAUAUUAUUUUAUAUUUUAAAAAUAAGCAGAUUGGAUUCUCCAUUUUUAGUUUUAUAUGUACCUAAAAUAUUUCAAGGAAUAUGUGCAGCAUUUGCUGAUUAUAUUUUUAUAAAAUUAAUAAUUCAUUGGUAUUGUAUACUAUAUUAUAUGAAAGGAAAGAAAAAAAAAGAGUUUUAUAAUUUUAUUGGGACUAUUUUAGUUUGCUAUUUUUUUUGUUGGUUUAAUUUUUAUAGUAUAUGUCGAACAUCAUCAAAUUCAUUUGAGUAUUUAUUCAAUAUAGUUGGUGUAUAUUUUUUGUCGAAAAAUUAUUAUCCCAGUAUUAUUUUACAAAAAGAAGACGAAAAUAAAAUAAAAAAUUAUGUUAAUAAUGAUAUUAUAUUGAAUAAGAAUUCAAAAUAUGAGGUAGACAAUUUGAAUGAGGGACAAAAUAAAAAUCCCUAUAAAAGACAUGAAAUAAAAAUAAUUCAAGAUAAUGAACAAAUAAAUGAAACUGAACUUAUCAGGAAUAAAUCUUUUUAUGAUUUUCCAAAAUUCUUAAAUUUUGUUAACGAUGAUAAUAAUAAAACGAAGGAAAUAAUAUUUAAAAAAAAUAAAAAUAUGUGCAAUGAAUAUCAGAUUGAUAUGAAUAAUAAUAUUUUUUUUUCCAUUUCAGACGAUUUUUAUAACAAAAAAUUUCAUAUAAAAAAUUUUUUACUAAGUUUAUUCUUUAGUUCUGUUUGUGUUUUGAUCAGACCCACUGCAUUAUUAUUUUGGUUAAUUAUAUAUUUUUUUUAUAUUAUAAAAAUUGUACAUACUACUAUAGGAAUGGUAGAGGAUAAAAAGAACAAUUGGGAAAAAAUAAAAAGACGUGGUAACAAAUUAACUUGGAUAGAAGCUUUAAUAAUAGGAACGAUAUAUACGAUUAUAUUUUUACUUAUUUCCAUAGCCAUAGACUCAUAUUUUUAUGGACAAAUAACAAUAUGUUUUUAUAACUUUUUUAUGUUUAAUUUUAUUAGUGGAGAAAAUAAAUAUUUUGGGGAUAAUUUUUUUUUUUUUUAUUUUUUUAGUGCAAUACCAUCGAUUUAUUUAACUCUAACGCCUUUUACAUAUUAUAAGUUUUUCAACGUGUUUAAAAGGAUAGUUAAAAAAAAAAAAUUUAGAUUCGAUAUAUCAAGAAUUGACAAUGUAGUAUAUAUUGCAACAUUUUUCGAAAUUUUAAUUUUAUCAUUUAGUAAUCAUAAGGAACACAAAAUAUUAAUCGGGUAUAUUCCCUUUUUAAGUAUAUUAACUGGAAUAUCCUUAUAUAAUAUUGGAUUAAAAAUUGGAAUAAGGGAUGUUUUUUGUGGGGCAGAAAAUAAAAAAAUUGAAAAAAUUGAAAAGACAAAAAAGGGACACAUUUUUACUAUUUUAAUAAAUAUAAGUUUUAUUCUUCAUUUAAUAAGUAUUUUUUUUUUUAGUGUAAUACAUAAUAGAUCCCCAGAAAAUGUAGCAAAAUAUUUCCGAAAUUUAAAAAUAAGUAAUGAUAAUGAAGUUACUAUAUUUAUAACAGACUGUUAUGAUAUACCUUUAUAUUCACAUAUUCAUAGAAAAUAUAAAAUUGGUUUUUUAGAUUGUACACCAUAUAUUAAAAAUGAAAAUGGAGAAACUAUGUAUAAUUGGCGAACAAAAAUAUAUGAUGAUAAUUUUGGUAGACAAUUUUUUGAUAUGUUUAAUAAUGAUCAUAAAAAAUCGAAUUAUAUUGAGCCAUAUAUAUUUACAAAUAAAUCAUUUUAUUGGUUUGGUAAUACUCAUUUUAAUGAAAAAAAUAAUUUUAAGUUUAUUUAUGAAAAAUUAAAUUUUUCAUGUUUGAAAUACCGUUUUGAUAAUCCAUUACAUGGAGAGCCUCCACUAUAUAUAGUAACAAAUUCUAACAAUCUAAAACAUCUCAAAAAAUUUUUAAAAAAGUAUAACUAUUAUCAAGAUACUCAGCCAUUUUUUUCCUAUUUCCAAAUAAAUGAUAAAUACAAAAUAAAUGCAGUUUAUCAUUUUAUAUUCAAAAGACAUAUUAACCAAUUAUCUUAUUCAUAA